GCCUCUCCGUAGGCCGCUGGACAGCCACGUGCUGCCGACUCAUCCCGCGCAUGUGCAAGUCUUCCCAGGCACCCCCACCACCCCUCCCCCAUUCCUCGCACGCCUUUGUUCGCCUGCUGCAGGAGGCAAGAGGGAGGCGAAGUAGGGGAAGGCCAAUGACCUCAGCUGCUUCCCGCCGGCUCCUGCGUACUCUGGUCGGCAUGGGAGAAGCAGCUUCCAUUUCUCCGAAGAUACCCAGCAAAGAAGAAACCCUGCCUGGUAGAAACCGGAGCCUCGUCCGUAUCCCAAGUAAACACCAUGUGAAUGGGAACUGUAUGGUUGAACCUUUUCCAGAGGGAAUGCAGAUGGCAAUGUUUGGUAUGGGCUGUUUCUGGGGAGCAGAAAGAAUAUUUUGGAGGCAGAAGGGAGUCUUCUCAACUCAAGUGGGUUAUGCAGGGGGACAUACUCCAAAUCCUACCUAUGAAGAGGUCUGUUCAGGAAAAACUGGCCAUACCGAAGCUGUGCGAGUGGUCUAUCAGCCGGAAACCAUCAGUUUUGAGAAACUACUCAAGGUCUUCUGGGAGAAUCAUGUCCCGACGCAAGGAAUGCGGCAGGGGAAUGAUGUUGGCUCACAGUACAGAUCUGCAAUCUACACUUACUCCUCAGAACAGAUGGAAGCUGCCCUGAGAUCUAAAGAAGAUUACCAGAAGAUAUUGACAAGGAGUGGCUUUGGCGCAAUCACUACUGAAAUUCGUGAAGCUCCAGAGUUCUACUAUGCUGAAGAUUACCACCAGCAGUAUCUAAGCAAGAACCCCAAAGGGUACUGCGGACUUGGGGGCACUGGGGUUUCUUGUUCUAUUGGGGGGCAGGAGUGAGCUUUACUCAUACAGUGAUGUUCAGCACUUCAAUACAAACUGUGGAACAGAGAUAAAAAUGCUCUAGAUUUGGCAGUUUGGCUGUCAUCUUCAGUGUACUUACCCACAAUCAAGUGCUGUAGUAUUUUCUCAUAAGUAAAGGUUGAAAGCUGAGCACUGUGUAAAUGCAGUGAAACAGAACAUGAAGCCUUUUGCGAAUUGUAGCACAGCAGAUGGGGGAAAUCAUGUUUUUGAACGCUCUCCCACAUCAAAUUCCAUAAAUAUAGAAAAUAGCAAAGGAAGGCUUAGCCUUCUGUGGUGUACCAGUUUUAGGAGAUUUUUUUUAAAGCAUGGAGGGGGGGGCAUUAGAAAUACCACCUGUCAUCUGGAGUCUGUAAUUUUGUUGAACAUGUAUGCAUCAGACUCCCAUGUAUGCAUCAGACUCUGGUCCCCCCCCUCACAAUAUCUAUAGCAGUCUCUGUUAACAUAGGUAUGACAGAAUUGGUAAUGAAAAAGCAAAAUCAUGAAGGCAAUUUGUAACAAUGCUAUAGAAAAUAUAUUUGAUCCAAUAAAGUAGUACAACUACAAAA